UUCAGAAUGAAGCAGAGGAGGGUUAUUACACCCUGGAGGGGGCAGCCAGGCCACAGCCAUGUCCUCUUGGCACUUUCCAGCCGCAUCGAGGUGCACAGUCAUGUGUGGAGUGUCAGGGAGGCAGACUGUGUAACCGGACACGCUUGUCCCAGCCAGCGCUGUGUCCCACAGGACACUACUGUCCUCCGGGGUCCUCUGUUGCUCGACCCUGUCCUCCAGGCUCUUACUCUGACCAGCCUGGUGGCGACGCUGUGCAGCACUGUCGUCCAUGCGAGGCUGGUUGGUACUGCAGCCGAGCCGGUCUCUCUAAGCCUCAGGGUCUCUGUGACCCGGGACACUACUGCACCUCUGGAGCCUCCACUGCCUCUCCAGUGGCUGUGGCCUCUGGCGGUGUAUGUCCUGCAGGGUAUGUCUGUCCACAUGGGACUAUGUACCCCCAGCAGCACCCGUGCCCUGUGGGGACCUGGAGCAGCACUGUGGGAGCCCAAAACCUUUCAUCAUGCUGGCCCUGCCCUCCAGGACUCUACUGCAACAGUACUGGACUCAGCCAGCCCUCAGGAAUCUGUGAUGCAGGCUAUUACUGUUCAGGAGGAGCUGCGUCUUCAGUGCCCUCAGAUGGUGUGACUGGAGACAUUUGUCCAGUUGGACAGUACUGUCCCAUGGGCUCAGCUUCUCCUGUCCUCUGCCCUGAUGGGACGUACUCGAAC